CUCGGAAAUUUGCUUUGGAACACCAUUCACGCGUCGCUACAAUUAUUCUCAUAAUCAUAUUGGUUAUCGUAUUGAACUUGUCUCUGCUAGUCUUAUAAGCGGUCGUUGGAUUACAUCAAAUGAUGACAAUUACAGAAUUAGCUGUGAACCACAAAUUUACCAUCUUAAAAAUGGUCAGGCAGAGGCUUUUUCUAGUGUUACAAGUAGUUUUCUCGGUGGUGUGAAAGGUUUUGCCAUCUUUUACAUUAAUGAUGGCAAGUUUAGCAAUUUCAUUAUCUCCUGGUCGGUUCCUACAAUUGGCUCUCCCAAAUAUGAAAUCCUUGGUCAUGAUCUAUCGGACUGCUUCUCAAAAGAUGAUCCGUCCGAAAGAAGAAAUAUGCUUCACAGUGUUCCAAAUCUUGACCCUCCAAAUUAUGCUCCACCAGCAUACUCCUCCUACUCUAGCAUUCCAAAUCGGGAAUCCGGAAACAGGCACUCCAAUAAUAACCCAUUCCGUUAA